AUGAGUUCCUACGUAGCCAAUUCCUUCUAUAAGCAAAAUCAAAAUGUUCCUGCGUAUUCCAUGCAAAGUUAUGGGAAUUAUGGAUCAUUGCCUGAGGUUCAGCCCUCCAGGUGCUGCUACACUGGGCUCGAUCUGAGCAUCACAUUCCCUCCAUCUGGGGCUUCCAACUCUCUGAACGGUGUGGACGUGUCUUCAACCCCCAGAUCUAACCCCGACCGGCCUUCCUGUACUGUCAUGGGAUCUUCAGGGCACACUUUAGGCAGAGACGACCAGGCUCCUCUAAACCCAGGAAUUUACAGUCAGAAGGCUGGUGGCACCAACGACCCCACGCCGUUGGAAGAUAGAUCUAAAACCAGUGGGGAAAUCAAGAGUGAACCGGUGCAAGCAGCCCAGCCCAGCGGCCAGCCUGUUCAGCAGUCGCCGCAGCAGCCACCACAAAUCUAUCCGUGGAUGACCAAACUACACAUGAGCCACGAAGCAGAUGGCAAACGUUCUAGGACCAGCUACACUCGCUAUCAGACUCUGGAGCUAGAAAAAGAAUUCCACUUUAACCGCUAUCUCACCCGUCGGAGGCGCAUAGAGAUCGCCAACAACCUGUGUUUGAAUGAGAGGCAGAUCAAAAUCUGGUUUCAAAAUCGGAGGAUGAAAUGGAAGAAAGACUCCAAACUGAAAAGCAAGGAGUCUGUCUAG